GGCAGGCGGUACGAGGCGUUGUGGUUAGAUCUUUCUCGAGUAGAACAGAACAGUCAGUAUAGAAUAAAACAAUAAUAAAACAAAACCUGAAGUGUUAGAUUUAACGUUUACGAUUUGAAUAUGGAUACGAAAGAAGAGCCUGUUGGAAAACGGUCAAGUACGGAUCAGCGGAAGGUGCGUUCCCGGGAUGCGGCGCGCUGCAGGCGGAGUCUGGAGACGGAGCUGUUCUACAAGUUGGCCCACACCCUGCCCCUCCCCCGCAGAGUCUCCGCCGACCUGGACAAGGCCGCCAUCAUGAGGGUGACGCUCAGCUUCCUCCGCAUGCACCACCUCCGCUCAGGGGACACGAGUGAGGAGCGCGUCACAGAUGGGGACGAGGACACGGUGGACGGGUUCUACCCCCGGGCACUGGCAGGCUUCAUCCUGGUGAUGACCGAGGAGGGGGAUAUGAUUUACCUGGGUGACAGCGUCAGCAAACACCUGGGCAUCCCACAGCUGGAGUUGCUUGGUCAGAGUGUGUAUGACUUUGUCCACCCAUGUGACCAAGAGGAGCUACGGGAUCUCCUGGCGCCUCGGCCAGGUGUGUCCAAGAAGAAACCAGCGCAGCAACACACAGUGAUUAACUUCUUCCUUAGGAUGAAGAGCACUCUGACUAGUAGAGGGCGCACUGUCAACAUAAAGUCUGCCACCUGGAAGGUGCUGCACUGUACAGGCCACAUGCGUGUGUGCUGCAGUGGCGAGGAUUCAUCACCUCCUGCAAGCAGCUUCAUGACAGUGCUGUGUGAGCCCAUCCCCCAUCCAUCUAGUGUGGAGUUCCCCCUGGACCGAAGCACGUUCCUCACUCGACACAGCAUGGACCUGUGCUUCACACACUGCGAUGGCAGGGUGUCAGAGCUAGUAGGAUACGAGCCAGAAGAUCUGAUUGGCAAAUCUGCCUACAAAUUCCAUCAUGCCCUGGACUCAGAUCAUGUGACCAAGAGCCUGCACAUCCUUCUGUCCAAAGGCCAGGUGUGCACCAGUCUAUACCGUUUCCUGGCUAAGAGUGGGGGCUUCGUGUGGGCAGAGACCCAGGCUACAGUCAUCUACAACAACAAGACCUCUCAACCAGAGGCUGUGGUCUGUCUUAACUUUAUCCUCAGUGUGGUGGAGCAGGCGGAUGUGGUGUUCUCAGUAGAACAGACUGGCUGUGGGCUGAAGAGUGAUCCUGUCUCUGAGGCCUCCGAGGAGACCGUGUGUGACAGUGACAACAGCAGCAGUGCAGAGCUCUCCCUCCAGCUGAAGGAGAACCCAGAGGACCUCCUCCAACUGGCCCCUGUCUCAGGAGACCCCAUCGUACCCCUCACAGACUUUGCGGAGCCGGCGUUCGGUCUUCCAUCAAGCUCUGACUCCGCCCCAGAUUUCCCUCAGGAACUGUGCACCCCUGAGCUGUGGACGCUCCUCUCACCCAUAUUCAGCAAGCUCACCUCAUCAGCACCAGCGCUGAUCCCCAUUGAGGAGCUGCCAAUAGAGGACAAGGUGGCGAAGUUGUUUGCUGUCUGUCCAGAUGAGAGCGUGCAGAAGAGAAACCAGCCUGAGGACAUGGAAGUGGUUGAUCUGGACAUGCUGGCUCCGUAUAUCUCCAUGGAUGAUGAUUUCCUGCUCAGCGUACAGCUCCCUGAGACCCCUGACAGCCCCUCCCCAGAGCCCCCCACUGCUACCAGGAAACGAAGUCAUGAGCAGGAUGAAGACAUGCCCUCCCAGCUGAUGAGUCAGGACAAGAGACCGAGACACUUGGUGUCCCCCAUCCAGCACAAACUGCUUCUCAGCUACGCCCUGCUGGACUGCCUGGAGGAUGUAGACAACCCAGAGUUGGAGCUGGGGCCAAUCCCCCACAGGCGGAGCCAACUGCUGACGGACAGAGACCCCAUCCUCGGUGAAGCCCAGGGACUAUGUGACACUGCAGCCUUGAUGAAGGACCUCUUCUUGUCCCGCCCACCUGACCCCCUGACCUCCUCUCUGACUUGAGGAAGCAGCUGCCAAUCUUCCCCUGCCAGCUGGGGAGUGCUGAGAUCAGAGCCAGACACCAGCACCUCCAACUCAGAGACUUCCUCACUCUUGCCAUCCCAUGUUCACAACAACAGCCUGUUAUGGUUAUCCUUCUUUUCUCUCUGAACUACUCUUUCAUGUCUCAGAGUAGGUGGCAGUACUAGGUUCACCCCCCCCCCCUUCUCAUUCAGGGUUGAUAAGUGUUCUCCUCUAUUUUUGUGAACACUUGUAGACUUUAGUCUAAACACUACACUUGACCCCAUGGUGCUUCCGAGGUCAGAACAGGAAAAAAAAACAUACGUACAGUAAGUCUGACAAAGUGGUGUUUAAGGACACAGUGAUGACCCUUCAGUUGGUCUAUUGUUGUUUAGUACGGUAUGUGGACCUGACAGUCUGUACAGGACAUUUAGGUUAAUUAUUAUUUUGUAACAAACGCACAACGGUUAUAAUAUCUCCCAAUAAUACCUCAGAACGAUCGUCAGUGGCAUAUAUGGGUCAUUUUUAUAAGAAAAGAUCAAAUGAAUUACUAUCAACACAAGCCAUUGCUAUUGACCAAUUGGAUGCAGUACUCAGGCAGUUGUUACCUCAACAAAUAAUCUGUAGGUCAAACUCGACUGUCAUACAAGGGCUCUUUGACUGCCAUCUCUUUCCAACCAAACUGACAAAUUAUUUCAGGCAUCUUUUUACCUCGUCUUUUUUUAUAUACUUUACAUGCUAGACUUUAGAACAAUUUGAUGUAUUAAAAUAAUGUUUUUUAUAUUCGCUUAUAAGACUACUAUUGUAUGAACCGCAGUGUUUUCCUUAUUUUUAUCAUGUAUUUCUAGGUGGCGCCAGAUGAUCACCUUAUCAUUUAAUCAGUAAUUAUUUCUUUUCGGAAUAUGGUUGCUAUUUUGCAAAUCCAGUGGAUAAAUAUCUGAUAUACGCCUUUUGCGUAUUCAUUUCACACCAAGUAGAAAUGAUUACUUAACAUCUUGUCAAUACUCCCCUGUUGUUGUCUUUUAUUAUGAAUCUAUCGUUUAGGAGAAAAGAUCAUUGGUUUUGAAACACACACAGGAUUUAUUUUAGUUGCAUGUUUAUAAGAUUGCAUUUAGAUCUUAAUGUUUUAGUUCCAUUUAGACAUUUGCCUUUUAUCAUAACUUUCAUUUUCAAAGAUGUGUUAUUGACUGAAUAAACUGAUAAGACAAA